AUCAAACGCGCACCCUAAGAAUUAUCUGAGAAAAUAGAGACCUGCGAACCAGCGAAGACCACGAAGGAUGGAGAAGAACUCAACACACCCUCUUCAUUUUAUUGCUUCACGUCUGCACCUUUAGAGAACAUGAGAAGAGCACAUGUCUGGUUCUAACAAAAUUGUAAAAAGCUUUUUGGUGAAUGAAUAGCGCUACCAAAAGAAGAGAUGGCAAAAUUCUCAGUGGGUGCUGAAGAAGAUGGAGAAGGACCAAGCAACAGCUGCAGACUCAAGAGGAGAAGGUCCGUCUCUCCUCCUUCACCUGAAAAUCAAAGUCAAGAAGAAGAUCAGACAGGGGCAACUUCUUUUAUGUUACCCCCUGAAUCUUCAAACUGUGCAGACGGAGUUGGCUCUGGUCAUAUCAAAACUAGCAAAGAUGUUUCUGUUAUCGUCUCCUUAACUGAACCUGAAGUGCUUGAUUGUGCCAUUUGCUAUGAGCCCUUGACGAUUCCUGUGUUUCAGUGUGAGAAUGGGCAUACAGCUUGCUCGCAGUGCUGCACCCAGCUUAGGAACAAAUGUCCCUCCUGCUCUUUGCCUAUUGGCUAUAACCGCUGUCGGGCAAUUGAAAAGGUUCUGGAAUCAGUCAGACUAUCAUGUCAAUACAAUCCCAAUGGGUGCAAGGAAACAAUGUCCUACAGUAAGAAGCGUCAUCACGAGAAGAUUUGCAUCUAUUCUCCAUAUCCAUGCCCCUUUCCAAAUUGCAGCUACUGUGGUUCAUAUAAGCAAUUCUCAGUACACUUCAAGAGAAAACAUACAGGUAGUGUGAAACACUUUCAGUACAACUGCACCUUCCGCAUUCAACUACACCAAACUAGUGACGUCCGCCUCGUCCUUCAAGAAGAUAAAGGUGACCUAUUUGUCAUCAGAAAUGAUUUUGAAAUUCUUGGAAAUGCAGUCACUCUGAGAUGCUUUGCACCCUGCUCAACAAUGGAACGACAUGCCUAUGACCUUGAGGUGAAAACAGCUGAAGGAACAACUCUUAAAAUUCACUCUCUUGCAGAAAACAUACAAAGUUGGGAGGGCAUGCCUGUUGCUUCAGGGACCUUCCUUCUCAUACCAACAGAUUUCUUUAGAGCUGAUGAGUAUGCUACGUUAUCUGUGCACAUAUACCACAAAGGUGUCGGUUCUGGGUUGUAAGGUACACAGUUUAAAUUUAUGUACAUAUGAUUUCGAUCAAUGAAUGAAUCAACUAUUUCUCAACCUAUUAUCAACAUAUAUGCGAGACUACUUUGACACAAUAGGUACAUGGUGUCAUAUUGUACUUA